AAAAUACCCUAACGCAGAUAAAACGCAGAGAACUCUGAACAGGAAGUCAGAAUCAAAUGGCGGCUAAGGGUCCGUUGAAGCUCAAAGCCAAAGGAGGAAAAGGGUCGAAGGGAUCAUCUUCUUCUUCCACGUCAUCAUCCAAGUACGAGCUCUUCAAGGAUUGGACCAACUGGUCACUCAAGAAAGCAAAAGUCGCCACUCACUAUGGAUUCAUUCCUCUCAUCAUCAUCGUCGGCAUGAAGUCAGACCCAAAGCCUCACCUUUUCCAGCUUCUCAGCCCUGUUUAAUCUUCCCAAUGUUUUAUUUAGUGCUUAUGUUCUGUUUUUUUUUAUAUAUAUGAAAAUGGAUUAUUUUGUUUGUCUCUGAAUCUAUACAAACUCAAAGUUUCUUUUUUU